UUACUUGGAAUCUCUUGGGAAGUUCUGAAACUCUUGUUUCUUUCUUCCUCUUCUCUCUCUCUAUCUCUUUCAACUCAAAAAAAUGUAUUGUUCUCAUCACUCUACUGCAUCCUCUCCUUCCUCUAUUCUACCCUGCUUCUCUCCCACCACAUCAACCCUACCUAAGCUCUCUAAUGGUUGGUCAUUCAACAAAAGAAACAACCAUAUUGGUUGGCCCCUUAGUUUGAGAUGCAAUGCAAUCUUUAAGCCUACAACCCAAGCAGAUUAUACAGAGCUUCUUCAAGAUGAACUGCCACUGAUACAUAGGCAGCUUGAGAUCGUGGAGGAUGACGUAGAAGGCCUAGAUCAUAUCAAGGUAUUCAAAUCAAGUGGGAUUAUAGAAAAUGUGGAAAAAAUAAGGGGAAUGUUGAAUUCUAUGAAUGAUGGAGAAAUAAGCAUAUCCCCGUACGAUACAGCUUGGGUAGCACUUGUGAAAAGCAGUAAUGGAAGUCCUCAGUUUCCAUCAAGCCUUCAAUGGAUUGUUGAUAAUCAGCUUGAAGAUGGUUCAUGGGGUGAUCAUUCCUUAUUUUCAGCCCAUGAUCGGAUAAUCAACACAUUAGCUUGCUUAAUUGCACUUAAAUCUUGGGAUUUUUAUCCUCACAAGUGCAAGAAAGGGAUUGAAUUUCUAAAGGAGAAUAUCAGUAAGCUAGAAGAUGAGAAUACGGAACACAUGCCCAUUGGAUUCGAAGUUGCAUUUCCAGCCCUAAUUGAGAUAGCUCAAAGUUAUGGGAUUGAAGUCGCACAAGACUCCUCUGCUAUGCAAGAAAUCUAUGCCAAAAGGAACUUAAAGCUCACAAGGAUACCGAAAGAAAUCAUGCACAGAAUGCCUACCACAUUGCUGCAUAGCUUGGAAGGAAUGGCUGGCCUAGAUUGGGAUAAGCUUCUUACGUUGCAAAGCAAAGAUGGUUCCUUUUUGUUUUCCCCUUCUUCAACUGCUUAUGCACUUAUGCAAACCAACGAUGUCAAAUGUUUCACCUACUUAAACAAUGUUGUCCAAAGGUUCAAUGGAGGAGUUCCUAACGUAUAUCCAGUCGACUUAUUCGAGCAUAUUUGGGUCGUCGAUCGUUUGGAACGGCUUGGAAUUUCUCGAUAUUUUGAACAUGAGAUUGCGGAAUGUAUGAGUUAUGUUAACAGGUAUUGGACAGAUAGUGGAAUAUGUUGGGCAAGAAAUUCAGAGGUCCAAGACAUUGAUGAUACGGCUAUGGGAUUCAGACUUCUAAGAUUACAUGGAUAUCAGAUUUCUGCAGAUGUGUUUAAAAAUUUUGAGAAAGAUGGAGAGUUCUUUUGCUUUGUUGGACAGUCAACUCAAGCAGUGACAGGGAUGUACAACUUGCUUAGGGCAUCACAACUACAGUAUCCUGGUGAAAAUAUACUUGAGGAAGCUAAGAAUUUCUCCUCCAAAUAUCUGAGGAAUAAACAAGUUAAUAGUCAACUCCUGGAUAAGUGGACUAUAUCCAAAGACUUGCCCGGCGAGGUGAAAUAUGCAUUAGAUGUCCCGUGGUACGCCAAUCUACCUCGAGUGGAGACAAGGUUCUACAUUGAACAAUAUGGAGGAGAAAAGGAUGUUUGGAUUGGAAAGACACUUUACAGGAUGCCUAUCGUGAGCAACAAUAUAUACCUCGAUCUAGCAAAAUCGGACUACAACAAUACCCAAGAAUUGCAUAGGCUAGAGUGGAGCAACAUUUUAAGGUGGUAUGCAGAAUAUAACUUGAAAGAAUUUGGUGUGCGCCAAAAAAGCCUUUUGGUGGCCUAUUUUUUGGCAGCUGCAACCAUGUUUGAGCCUGAAAAGUCAAAAGAACGCCUUGCAUGGGCUAAGACGGUUGCUUUGGUGGAAGCCAUAGAUUUUGAGUUGGGAAAGGAGAAAGCAUCAACUGAGGAGAGAAGAGACUUUGUCAAUCAAUUUCAACACGCCUACAAUAGCCAACGUUAUCUAAGACAUAAUGCAAGGCAAAUACUUGCUGCCAGAAAAGGGCAAAACUUGGUAGACGCAUAUCUGAGUACCCUCAAUCAACUUUCAUUGCAUGCACUUAUGACUCAAGGAAAGGACAUCCGGAACCAACUUUAUCAAACAUGGGAGAAAUGGCUAAGGACGUGGGAAGAGGACGGCGAUAGGUAUAAAGGGGAGGCAGAACUGUUGGUUGAUACAAUACAACUUUGUGGUGUUGGCCAUUGGGUCUCUGAGAACAUGGCUUCUGAUCCACAUAUACUCUCUCUCUUAGAGAUCACCAAUCAUUUAUGCUGUUACUUUGGGCAUCUUCGAAGGGGAACAAAUAAUAAGGUACAUUGUGAAAAAAUUAAUGCAACGAGUAAUCACGACAAGAAGAUCGCUGAAGACAUGCAAAAAAUGACGGAAUAUGUUCUUUCAACCUCGCCCAAAGGUGCAAAUUCUUGUGUAACCCAAACUUGUCUAGCUCUGGUCAAGACUUCCUUUUAUAUGGCUCAUUGCACACCACAAGAGAUCGAUUAUCACAUUGACAAAGUUCUAUUUCAGAAGGUAGCUUGAUUUUUGAUUUUUCCAUUGUUGGAAUUACUAAAAGAUCGCCACAUCUCUAUGCACAGUUGCGCCACAUCUCUAUGCACAGUUACUAUAUAUAUAUAGUCAUAGAAAAUAGGGAUUAGGUAAAUAAGAAAUGGUUAAAAUUACUAGGCCACAUAUUCUCCUUCAUUUCAUAUGUUUAUGACUUUAUGUGGAAAUUAUCCAUAGCUCAAUUUGAGCCUCGGUGAUGUAUAAUGUUGUCUUAUAUAAUAACAUUGUUUAUAUAUAGAUCCCCUCAAUUUAUGCUGUAAAA